UAUAAGACCCCCUGCAAGAAUGCGAUCACAUUGAGAAAAAAACAAGUCAUUGUGUUGCUUCCCUCGCUCGAGUCAGAGACGCACCAAAAUGCAGCAUCUAAUCCUGCCCGUUCUCCUGGCAUCCCUAUGGACCCUCUGCACAGGAUCAGCAGAUUGGUGUUAUCAAUCCCAGUUCACCUGUGACCAUGAGUGCAACACACCAGACAAGUGGAACCACGCCAACAGUGAUUGUUCAGGAAAACAACAGUCACCCAUCAAUGUUGUGACCAGAAAGACUCUGCCAGACGAGCGUCUGACUCCUUUCAAGUUCAACAACUAUGAUCAUAUCUUCAGAGGCACAAUCAAGAACAACGGCCACUCAGUUCAGGUGAAUGUUCCUCACCUUGCCACUAUCUCAGGCGGAGGCCUGCCGGACACCUACAAGGCCGUGCAGUUCCACCUGCACUGGGGCACCGAUGGAGGGCCCGGCUCUGAACACACCAUUGAUGGGGAGCAGUAUCCCAUGGAGCUACAUAUUGUUCAUAUGAGGCAAGAGUUCUCUGAUCUGACCACAGCACUAUCAGACGCAGAGGGAGUUGCAGUCCUUGGAUUUUUCUACGAGAAGUCCAAGAGUGCAAACCGAAAGUAUGACUCCAUGAUCAGCGCUUUGAAAAGCAUCACAGCUGCAGAUGCCAACACAUCUCUGUCUUCCAUUUCCUUGGCGCAGCUGAUCCCACCUGAGCAUAAUAUGACCAGCUUUUACCGCUAUAAGGGCUCCCUGACCACCCCAGGGUGCACUGAGUCUGUGAUUUGGACUUUGUUUGAAAAGCCCAUCCCCCUGAGCCAUGACCAGCUGAAGACAUUCUCAGACCUCAAGUUCAAAGACGGGAAGCGGAUGGUGUCGACCUUCAGGCCGGUGCAGCCCCUCAAUGGCCGGCAGGUAUACCGGUCGGGAGGCGCAGUUAUCCUGGCCAGUUCCGCCCUCCUUGUGGCUGCCAUCACCAUGGCCAUGGGACUGUCCCAGCCUAACUAGAGCAAGGCAUCCCAUGCUGCACUACGACACCCAUGAACACAAUAAGUUCUGUAUCACUCCUCAGCUGAACCCUGAUUUGUAACAUCUUCAUCGCACGGUUGCUAAGAUGAUCGACCACGUCGUAGUGCAGGCAUGACUCACCUGGUGUCCCCCCACCCUUAUGACACACAUGACAAAGGCGUUUCGUGGAAUGCCUUCGAGGUGCUGUAAGGGUUCGAUCAGCAUUCAUGCAUGCAUAGUGAAGCAGUAGGUCUUAUUUCAGCAUUAUGAAUGUGCCAUAAAGCAGGUUACAAAUCACUCAAAGUGACAACUGAAUUCAGAUUCAUCACCAGACCCUCUUAGCCCUGCCCUAAUUCUUCACAGCAUCAUCCUGAACACCAGCAUACAUACAUCUGAUACACUUUAAACCUUAUCCACCUUGUCCAGUGUCAGGUAUAUUUAGUCUCUGCUAAUGUCAGAGUGAGUCGUCGAACGUUUGCGCUCCAAGUGCCAAUGUCAGCCCCAUAACUUGGCACGUGACAACUUGUUCUCAAUGGGGCAUGAGAACGGCAUGGAGCUAUUAAUAGCAGAACUGAGUCAUAAAAACAAGCUCCAUUUCAAAGCCAGCGGUCAAAGGAGUCAGCAGUUUGGCUAUUCUCUCAAAGUCCAGGAGCUAAGAGCAUGGCCCUAAGGUGAACCCGUAACAGCAGCUCAGUCAGCAAUUGGCUUGGAAAGGUGGGAGGUUAGGGGAGGGUGGGGGGUGGGAAGGUGCGAUCUUGCCUUUCCCCACUGGAGUCCAGUGUCCAUGAUGAACAACUGCAUGCUGUUCUGAGAGCAGAGCUGCAGUACUUUCUCCCGCCCAGAGUCAGAGGCUACCGACACCUGAGACACAGACAAAGAUGCAGAGCCGCUGAUGCUCUGAUUGUGGGUCAAAAAGCGAGCAAGCUUGUUUUCAAGAGGCGAGACGCAACAGCGCCGAGAAGACAGCAAGACUUUUGAGAAUCAACCAGCAUACAAAAUGUCACCUCUCCUUUCAAAACAAUUCUUUUCAUGCAUCUCCAAAACACUUAAGAGUCGCAUGAAUCAGCAUGUCUUGAUGUUCCAGGUGUCUAUUAUGAGCCCCAUGUGAAACUGCACACACACACACACAAACACAAUCUGUACACACACCUCAGUCACCCCUCGUUUCCUGUGAAGUUCAGUGAGCUUAUCUUGGAGAAUAUGUGACUGUGUUCAUGGCUUGUCUUACAGGGUUUCGAAUGCACUGAAUGUUAUCGACUGUGAAUUACACCCCACUGAGUUCUCGCACAUUUAUUCAGAAGGACUCGUUAUGUAUUCCAGUGAGAGAUCUGUGCAAUUUUCCAGCAAGAUUUAUUGUGAUGAUCAAGCAAGGGAUCUGUGUAUUUUCCAUUGUUUCAUAACGCAUCAAGUUAUAUUUCUAUGCUGUGUCAUUGUACACAUUUAUUUAUGUACCGAAUGUGUAUAUUGAUAUGAGACGCACAGUUAUUGUUAUUUAUGUAUUGCAAAGUUCAUAUAGUAUUAAAUGCAAACCCAUAUAUGAAGUUGUUCAUGACCAAUCAAGUUUACGUGUAUGAGAUUGUCAGGUUGUAAUACUUGAAAGUGUCAUAAAUAAUAUGGAGAAUGUGUUCCCAUUGAACAAUAAACUACUUACAUGCCUUUUUAA